AAGGUGCUGCCGUUGCUAGUAGAAGUCGGACUUGCUGUCGCACGAGCUGCGUCUCCACAGGUCUGGGACCGAGCGGAGCUCUCAGCCGCGAUCCCAGAGCCCGCCCCGUCCUUGCCCCUGCCCAAACCCCCGGUGAUGGAGUCGGCCACCGCGCUGGCCCCGGGCCCGCGUCCGGCGCUACCCCUCGGGGGCCCGGGCCCGUUGGGCGAGUUCCUGCCUCCUCCGGAGUGCCCGGUCUUCGAGCCCAGCUGGGAAGAGUUUGCGGACCCCUUCGCUUUCAUCCACAAGAUCCGGCCCAUAGCCGAGCAGACUGGGAUCUGUAAGGUGCGGCCGCCGCCGGACUGGCAGCCACCAUUUGCAUGUGAUGUUGAUAAACUUCAUUUUACCCCACGUAUCCAGAGGCUGAAUGAAUUGGAGGCUCAGACUCGUGUAAAAUUGAAUUUUUUGGACCAGAUUGCAAAGUACUGGGAGUUACAGGGAAGUACUUUGAAAAUUCCACAUGUGGAGAGGAAGAUUUUGGACUUGUUUCAGCUUAAUAAGUUAGUUGCAGAAGAAGGUGGAUUUGCAGUUGUUUGCAAGGAUAGAAAAUGGACCAAAAUUGCUACCAAGAUGGGGUUUGCUCCUGGCAAAGCUGUGGGCUCACAUAUCAGAGGGCACUAUGAACGAAUCCUCAACCCCUACAACUUAUUCCUGUCUGGAGACAGUUUGAGGUGUCUGCAGAAGCCGAACCUGACCACAGACACAAAAGACAAGGAGUACAAACCCCAUGAUAUUCCGCAGAGGCAGUCUGUUCAGCCCUUGGAAACGUGCCCCCCAGCCCGACGAGCAAAACGCAUGAGAGCAGAGGCCAUGAAUAUUAAAAUAGAACCAGAAGAGACAACAGAAGCCAGAACUCAUAAUCUGAGACGGCGAAUGGGCUGUCCAACUCCAAAAUGUGAAAGUGAGAAAGAAAUGAAGAGUAACAUCAGGCAUGAACCCAUUGAGAAGAAAGAUUAUAUUGUGGAAAGUGAGAAGGAAAAGCCCAAGAGUCGAUCUAAAAAAACCACCAAUGCUGUGGACCUGUAUGUCUGCCUCUUAUGUGGCAGUGGCAAUGAUGAGGAUCGGCUUCUUUUGUGUGAUGGUUGUGAUGACAGUUAUCACACCUUUUGCUUGAUCCCACCUCUUCAUGAUGUUCCCAAGGGAGACUGGAGGUGUCCUAAGUGUUUGGCUCAGGAAUGUAGUAAGCCACAAGAAGCAUUUGGCUUUGAACAAGCAGCCAGGGACUAUACACUUCGUACUUUUGGGGAAAUGGCAGAUGCGUUCAAAUCUGAUUACUUCAACAUGCCAGUCCAUAUGGUUCCCACAGAGCUGGUUGAGAAAGAAUUUUGGCGACUGGUGAGCACCAUUGAAGAGGAUGUCACAGUGGAAUAUGGAGCUGAUAUUGCCUCAAAGGAAUUUGGCAGUGGCUUUCCUGUCCGAGAUGGAAAAAUCAAACUUUCACCUGAGGAUGAGGAAUAUCUUGAUAGUGGCUGGAAUUUGAACAAUAUGCCAGUGAUGGAACAGUCUGUCCUUGCUCACAUUACUGCAGAUAUAUGUGGCAUGAAACUUCCUUGGUUGUAUGUGGGGAUGUGCUUUUCUUCAUUCUGUUGGCAUAUUGAAGACCACUGGAGCUAUUCAAUUAACUACCUGCACUGGGGUGAGCCAAAAACCUGGUAUGGAGUCCCAGGGUAUGCUGCUGAACAGCUAGAAAAUGUAAUGAAGAAACUAGCUCCAGAGCUCUUUGUGUCCCAGCCAGAUCUCCUCCACCAGCUUGUGACUAUCAUGAACCCCAAUACCCUGAUGAGUCAUGAAGUGCCUGUUUACCGAACUAAUCAGUGUGCUGGGGAGUUUGUGAUUACAUUUCCAAGAGCCUACCACAGUGGUUUUAACCAAGGUUUUAAUUUUGCUGAGGCUGUUAACUUCUGCACUGUUGAUUGGCUACCAUUAGGCCGACAGUGUGUGGAGCAUUAUCGCUUGCUUCACCGUUACUGUGUGUUUUCCCAUGAUGAGAUGAUUUGCAAGAUGGCUUCCAAGGCUGAUGUACUAGAUGUUGUUGUGGCUUCAACUGUUCAAAAAGACAUGGCCAUUAUGAUUGAGGAUGAGAAAGCUUUAAGGGAAACUGUCCGUAAAUUGGGAGUAAUUGAUUCAGAAAGAAUGGAUUUUGAGCUGUUGCCAGAUGAUGAACGUCAAUGUAUAAAAUGCAAAACUACGUGCUUCAUGUCCGCUAUCUCCUGUUCUUGUAAACCUGGCCUGCUUGUUUGCCUGCAUCAUGUAAAAGAGUUGUGUUCCUGUUCUCCUUAUAAAUAUAAAUUGCGAUAUAGAUACACUCUGGAUGAUCUCUACCCUAUGAUGAAUGCACUGAAGCUUCGAGCAGAAUCUUACAACGAAUGGGCCUUGAAUGUUAAUGAAGCUUUGGAGGCAAAGAUCAACAAGAAGAAAAGCCUUGUCAGCUUUAAGGCUUUAAUUGAAGAAUCUGAAAUGAAGAAAUUCCCAGACAAUGAUCUUUUGCGUCACCUUCGCUUAGUCACACAGGACGCUGAGAAGUGUGCCUCUGUUGCACAGCAGUUGCUUAAUGGCAAAAGGCAAACUAGAUACCGAUCUGGUGGAGGGAAAUCCCAAAAUCAGUUGACAGUGAAUGAGCUCCGACAGUUUGUGACACAGUUGUAUGCUCUUCCAUGUGUCCUCAGUCAAACACCAUUGCUGAAGGAUCUAUUGAGUCGUGUAGAAGAUUUCCAGCAGCAUAGCCAGAAACUACUCUCUGAGGAAAUGCCUAGUGCUGCUGAGCUUCAGGACUUGCUAGAUGUCAGCUUUGAAUUUGAUGUUGAACUUCCACAGCUUGCUGAGAUGCGUGUCCGUCUGGAGCAGGCCCGUUGGCUAGAAGAGGUGCAACAAGCUUGCCUUGAUCCCAGCUCCCUUACUUUAGAUGAUAUGAGACGUCUUAUAGACCUAGGAGUGGGGCUGGCCCCAUAUUCAGCAGUAGAAAAAGCUAUGGCCCGGCUACAGGAACUGCUUACAGUAUCAGAGCACUGGGAUGACAAAGCCAAGAGUCUCCUCAAGACCAGACCACGGCAUUCACUGAGUAGUCUUGCUACAGCAGUGAAGGAAAUUGAGGAGAUCCCAGCAUAUCUGCCCAAUGGUGUGGCUCUGAAAGACUCAGUGCAGAGAGCCAGAGACUGGCUGCAGGAUGUAGAGGCCCUGCAGGCUGGAGGACGUGUGCCAGUGUUAGACACACUUGUAGAACUUGUUACACGAGGCAGAUCUAUCCCGGUACAUCUGAAUUCUUUGCCGAGACUGGAAUCACUAGUAGCUGAGGUUCAGGCUUGGAAAGAAUGUGCUGCUAAUACAUUCUUGACUGAGAAUUCUCCAUAUUCUCUCUUAGAGGUGCUGUGUCCUCGAUGUGAUAUUGGCCUUUUGGGAUUGAAAAGAAAGCAGAGAAAGUUAAAGGAGCCCUUGCCAAGUGGGAAGAAAAAAAGCACCAAAUUAGAGAAUCUGAGUGACCUGGAGAGAGCUUUAACUGAAAGCAAAGAGACUGCUUCAGCUAUGGCAACACUUGGGGAAGCUCGCCUAAGGGAAAUGGAAGCCUUGCAAUCUCUCAGAUUUGCCAAUGAAGGGAAAUUGCUGUCACCUGUCCAAGAUGUGGAGAUGAAGGUCUGCCUAUGUCAGAAAGCACCAGCUGCCCCUAUGAUCCAAUGUGAACUCUGCAGGGAUGCUUUCCAUACUAGCUGUGUGGCUGUACCCAGUAUUUCACAAAGCCCACGAAUCUGGCUUUGUCCCCAUUGUCGGAGGUCAGAGAAACCUCCAUUAGAGAAAAUUCUGCCCCUGCUGGCCUCCCUGCAGCGUAUCCGAGUUCGCCUUCCUGAGGGAGAUGCACUUCGAUAUAUGAUUGAAAGAACCGUGAACUGGCAACACAGAGCCCAGCAACUGCUUUCAUCAGGGAAUCUAAAAUUUGUGCAGGAUCGAGUGGGUACAGGACUGUUAUAUAGUAGAUGGCAAGCCUCAGCAGGACAGGUGUCAGAGACAAACAAGGUCUCUCAACCUCCUGGCACAUCUUUUUCCUUGCCUGAUGAUUGGGACAACAGAACUUCAUAUUUACACUCUCCCUUCUCUACUGGACGGAGCUGUAUCCCCCUCCAUGGCAUUAGUGUAGAAGUGAAUGAACUGUUGAUGGAAGCCCAGUUGCUCCAGGUAUCCCUUCCUGAAAUUCAGGAACUUUAUCAGACUUUACUUGCAAAGCCAAGCCCUGCUCAGCAAACAGACCGAAGCUCACCAGUUAGAUCCAGCAGUGAGAAGAGUGACUGCUGCCGAGGGAAGCGAGAUGGGAUCCACAGUCUUGAGAGAAAACUGAAGAGACGCUUGGAAAGAGAGGGCCUCUCCAGUGAGCGGUGGGAUCGAGUCAGAAAAAUGCGGACCCCAAAAAAGAAGAAAAUCAAACUGAGCCACCCCAAGGACAUGAACAAUUUCAAGUUAGAGAGAGAGCGUAGCUAUGAAUUAGUUCGUUCUGCCGAAACUCAUUCCCUGUCCUCAGACACAUCCUAUUCUGAACAGGAGGACUCUGAAGAUGAAGAUGCCAUCUGCCCAGCUGUGAGCUGUCUGCAGCCAGAAGGAGAUGAGGUGGACUGGGUCCAGUGUGAUGGCAGCUGCAAUCAGUGGUUUCACCAGGUCUGUGUUGGUGUUUCUCCAGAGAUGGCAGAGAAGGAAGACUACAUCUGUGUGCGCUGUACUGUGAAGGACGCACCAAGCCGAAAGUGAAAACACAAAAAUAAACCCCCUUCUUAAUGUAAUUCAGGACUCCAACCAAGAUUUCUUCAAAUCUCAGCAAAGCUACAGGACUGGUAUUCAAGCCAGCCUGUAAACGGUGCUAUUUCUAUUCCUUAUGGGAUCAUUUUUCCAGAACUCUUUGAAAAAAAGAAAAAACAACUAAAAAAAAUUUUUGACACUUUUUGUAUUUUUUUCCUUAAAAGCUGUUUGUGGUUGUUGAGGUUUGAAAUGCUGUUUUUUGCAGGGGUUUACACCAAUUUGGAAGGCAUUGAAGCUUGCACCUUUUCAUGUACAGCAUUAAAAAUUUUACCUCUGUCUGGGAUUUACCGGCUUAAGAGUCCAACUCAGUUUCAGUGCCCAGGGGGGCACCAGAAAUUCCUGUAAAUCCUCAUUUGAGGAAUCUCUCUUGUUUACCCUGUUACCACAUUGCGGAACUUUUAAGUUUUUCACUUUUUGGGUUUUUGUUUGUUUCUUUCUUUAUCCACUUUUCUUUUUCUUGGUAGACUAGGUUUAUUUAUCUGAGCAAUAACUUCUAUGUUGGGUUCAGUGGCUGGAAUUAAAACAAAACAAAACAAACUUCUGAACAGUGUGUUGGUGCUUUAGCAUUUGGUUGAUGUACAGAACGCAAAUGUCUAGUUUCUAGUGUCACUGAUGAACUAGUGAUGUAGAAAAGAGACUGCUCUCUAAGUAAUUGCCACAGCUGUAUUUUGGCUUUCUCCCUGCCCUUUCUUUCCUCCCCUAUUUUUUGGUAGCUUGUAUCAAAUGUUGCAGUUUAUAUUGUGGAAUAAAUCCUUGGUCCUAAUAUAACACUAAAUGCUGGUUAUUUAGAGCCAUUAGACUACAACCUCCUCUGCCCUCCACCUUGUGGGCCUGCAGAUCCAGAAGAGGUUGCUUGCUUUUGCUUCUGCCCAGCUAGGCUGCACUAGCGAGUGGUUUAGCCUGCAGACAACCUUAGGGGAUUCUUCUUUUGUAUCCUGCUGUUCUGUGGGCCAUAGCCUCCAGCCCCUGAUAAUAAAGAAGCCCUCAGUCUUCAAGGACUAGAACCUGUAUUUAAAGACAUGCUUUCUUUUUCUUUUUUUUUUCCCCCUAUUUUGUGUUUUCAUGGUGUUUUUGAAUAAGCUUUCUCAGAAUGUUGGCAAACCACUCCAAUCGUCAAGUUAGUCCUCCUUGUGGAAAUGAUGCCUUUAUUAUAUUUGAGUUGACAGGGAAACUUGGUUUAGAGUUUAGAUAUUGAAAGGAAAUCCAAGGAAGAUUCAUCCUCACAUAGGCCGGGUUUAGUAUAUGGGUUGAGUGGAAACUUGUGAAUACCCAGGCUCUGCCUUCCUGGUUUCCUUUUCUGUCUCUUUGUAACUCCAACUAUUGUUACUGUUCAUAGAUAGCCCACAGUUCUUUUCCUUCCUUUUUCUUUUUAAAGGUCUAUGUUCUGCAACAGCGAAGGCAUUCCAGUGAACAGAAUAGACACUUGCUUACUUUUUCCUAUUCUGUUGCUAAUAUUUGUUUUCCCCACAUUCUAUAGCCAUAAACCUGAAGAGGGGUAGAACUAGUUGGGUCUUCAGUAAAAUAAAACAACAACAAUAACAGCAAUUUGUGAUGUAGCAGAGAAUUAAAUGUACU